AUGAACGGUGGAAUCGCGCGCUCGGGCGGAGCGGAGGUCACUCUCAUCACACAGGAUCCGGCGGCGCCGAGUUCGUCGCUCCCGUCGUCGCCGCGGACCACGACGGCGCGCGCAGUCUCCCGCGCGCGACACGUCGCCGUCGACGUCCGCGGCGACCGGGGUGGGGACAGGACGAGCCUCGCGCGGGCGGACCGAAUGAGGGCGGCGAUGCGACGCGCGGCGGCGUCCGCGGCGGCGUCCGCGCGGAGCCGCGCGUCGGAUCAUCAUCAUCAUCAACAUCAUACACUGGUUCCCAUACGACCGCGUUCGCGAGGUGAACGCCGUUCCUUAAGGACUUUCCCCGCCGCAUCUCUCCUCGCGGCGUGCCUUCUCCACCGUCAACCGUCGUCGGCGAGCUUCUUCGUCUCGCGCGCCGGGUCGCUCCCGCGCGUCGCGUCGUCGUCGCUCUGCGCCCCGUCAAGGCGCUCGUUCCUCAGCCCAUCGAGCGGCGACCGAGGCGAAGAAGAAGACCCGACGCGCGCGUCGCCGUCGCCGUCGCGCGCGCGCGUGAGCGCGGCGGCGAUCUCGCGAUGGCGUCGUCGGUUCGCGCGCGCGUCCGCGUCGGCCUCCGCGGCGGCGGAGUCGACCGCGGUGGCGGCGACGGAGGAGAAAGACGACGACGACGAGCGGCCGUCGACCGCGUCCUCCUCCUCCUCCUCGACGUACGAAGCGCACCUCGCGGAGACGGUCCGCAACGUGAAGAUGCUGUCCAUGGCGUCGCUCGCCGCGACGCUGUGCGGGACGCCGCUGCUCCUCGAGCUCGCCUCGCCCGACCUCGCGAGCGGCGCGAAGUUGACGAUAUGCGCGGUCGUGGACGGGUUCGGGGUGUUCACGACCGCGCUGCUGCAGUGGUUCGUGUCGCCGUACGUGCUGCGCAUGCGAGUGACGGACGGCGGCGGCGGCGGCGGCGGCGACCGGGGAGACGACCGGGGAGACGACGUCAUCGCGGUUGACAAACUCACCCUCCUCGGGUUCACGUUCACGGAGACGUUCAGGGCGAGCGACAUGAGAGAGGCGGACACGAUGCGGCCGUUGGUGACGUGGCAGGCGAACGGGAAGCUGCACUACGUCGAGAUGGCGAACGUCCCGAAGGCGUUGUACGACAGGUUGGAUUUAGAGCGGUUCGACGCGCAGGCGGCGGCGGAGAAGCACUCGAGGUCGGAGGCGGAGAGGAGGAGGCGGGCCGGGGACCGGGACGACGACGACGACGACGACGAUUGA